CGGACGUGCCUUUCGCGAUCGUUGGGUACCGGUCAUAAGUAGAAUACGCAGAAUACCUACCUUAAAAUGGGGACUUCAAAGACUAUAACAGACAUAAGUCACUACGAUCUGUUUCGCAUACUCGACAUUAUAAAAACAAACUGCGAAAUACAGAAUGGCAAAGAAUCUUUGGACGCAAUCAAGUAUGCUGACAUCUUUAACUUUGCUGCCACCUGCAAGAUAUUGCGACGAAUCGUUUGGGACUGGUCGAGAGAAAUGUACGAUCGCUUGGAAAUCGAUCUGCUACAUGCGCUACCCCAUAAAAUGUUAACCGUCAAGUUUAUUGAGAUUCACAAAACUCUUAAAAGAGCCACAAAGCUAAAGAGAGACCAGUACAUGGACAUUUAUAUUAAGGCCAUGAUGGGGAAUCCCCUUCUGAAAAUCAUCGAGCUGAGUUAUAACACUCAAGAAUAUAACAAAGAACACGAGAGUAUAUUCGAUGAAAUUAUAAUGGGACUGCAGGGCAAAGCUAAGCGCAUAGUUUUGGAUCCAGGGCGAAUUCCGAAAUUUAAGGAGAUUAUUGUGGAUAUUGCAGAUCAUCAAAUAAGCAAUCUCGGGCUAUUUCGCAAUAUUUCAAAACUUACCAUUACAGCUUCCUUGGAGAUGUGCGACCUAGUGGAGUUUUGCAUUAAUAAUCCCUCACUGGUAACUUUGGAAGUUAAUGUAAAUCGGUUUUCCGACCAGGGAAAGCUCACUCAAAUCGUUCGUCAUUGUCCCAACUUAAAGCAAUUUAAAUUUCUGCUGAAUGAUAAUGAAAGGGAUAAUGGUUAUGUCGGGCUGGCACUUUUAGAUAAGCUACAGCAAUUGGAAAUCGGAAAGCCCCCAAUGCCGAAGGAAUUACAGUUUCAGCUGCCUGAUGAUGAUGCAAAUAUGGAGGAAAACGAAUUGCAUUGGCAUAAGCCCCAGCAAUUAGAAAUGGAUGAGGACUUUAGAUCCAAACGACCCAGGAUGGACUACGAAUACGAGUCUCUAAUGGAAGGAGUCUCAACUUUAGAACAAUCCAUUCCCAUUCUGCAGCUUCUCAGAGCUUUCAGCGAAAAGAAAAGAUCGAAAUUAAUCCGAUUGUGUCUGAAGUUCGAUAUUGAUGACGAGAUGGUUCAGGUCAUUGCGAAAAUCAAAGGUCUAAGAAUGUUGGAAUGCGGGUUUUGCGAUCCCAAAAGCAUUAAGCACCUAGUACAGCACCCAACACUCAACCGAUUGAGCAUACUCAAUAAAGGUCACCUAGUAACGGAUGAUAUCGCAGAUUUACUAAGAAAACAAGUUACCGUCUCAAGUCAUGAUGCAAAAAUGUUCUUAUCUGCCCGGGGUUACCUAGGUAUUUGCACGCGAAAUAAUAGUUAUGCGGAAAUUUACCGGUCUGUUAACUUUGAACCUUUUACGAAACUGGAAAACCUUAAGAUUAUCGGACUGCCCAACGAAAUGAUCGUGUCAAUGGAGUCGACGUUGUUUCGGUUUUUGGAGCUCGGUGUACAGAUCAAGAGUGAUGCAUGCGAUAUUUCCUUGGAUCCCCAAAAGAGGGAGCUUAAAAUGCUUUACAGUAUGACCUACGUAGAUAAAGAACUGCCAAUUCCGUUGGUCAAAAAUCUGCGCUCCUUAAAAGUAUUUUUUAUAAAUAUGCCAACUUCUCAUCUUUUCCACAAUUUGUCGACAAUCAACCUAGGAACGAUGCAAGAGGUUUAUAUAGGAACUCCCUUAACAAUAUUUGAAAUACCCAAAGAAGUAUACCUCAGUAAGCACGAUGUUAAAGCUUUGGUCACCUUGAGAUGUUUGAGGAAAAUCUCAUGUGGGUUUCAGAAGUUGAUUUACAUUCAACCUCUGGCUCAGUUGAAGGAUCUGGAGGAUGUGGAGGUUUUAUCGGAGCACCACCCCAAGGAUGUACACUUUCCGAGGUGCCUAGAACCACUUCUGAAGAACUGUCGCAAGCUGAACUCGUUUCAGAUUAAAGUGCCCGUCAACGGAAUAACCAAGAAGUUUUUAGCUGGCCUUCAGUAUGCGGUUGUGAAAAGCCGGGAUCACGAGAAAGACAAGGACUUAGAAAUUUGCCUAUGCUUGAAAUGCCAACCAUAUACUACCCCAGAUGAGAUGGUAACUGCGAAACAGAUUAUACCUAUAACAAAACCAUUUAAGUCCAUGAGGCUGACAACUAAAUACGUAGAAAACCAACAUUUGCUUGAUUGAACAAAUAUAGAAAAUUAAGGGACACAUUAAAGAUAAAUCAUUUUUAAAUUCCUUUACAUAGCCAUGCAAAUGCCAUAAAUUUACUCAAGAACCAACUUGCACCGACCACAACGACAAUUAAAUAAAUUCAAUUUGCACCUGCCGACAACAUUAUUGGAUUGCAACUCAUACAGAUGGAAUUAAAUAAAUUAAGCACAUACAAUCGCAGACAUUUUCAUGUAGCACCGGAAAAGACAAGUAUUUACUUUACAAGUGGGCUGCACUUUCCAUCCGCCCAACCGAAUGACAGGUGUUUAUUUUCGGGAAAUGCAAUUGAGCGGAAUUGCAUGACGCUGGCAUUUUGUCAGCUGGGCUGCGGCUUAAGUAAUAAUUAAAUAAUGACACUUGGAAAAUCGAGUGCUGGCGGGGUGGGAAUUCGCCUAAAAUCAAAUGAAAUGAGCAAGUGGCGAAUGGAAAUGGUAAAAUAUUUGUUGAAUUUAGGGAUUUUGGACCCCUGAUUGGCAAGGUUUUGCAAUUGCAAUUUUUAAGCCAGCUACAAAUUGGAAUUGGCGUUUAAUAGUCAACAGCUGGCACUUGGCAUUGUGUGUGCGUGUGUUGCGGUGUUGAAAGUGCCUGGGGCAUUCUCGAAUGCAAUGCAAAUUGCGUAUACGCAGUGUGUGAUGCGAGUGGCAGUGUGCAAACUAAGCAUCGAGCAGCAGCCUCUGUUUUAUUUACGCACUGAAAACUCGUUGAAAACACACAGCCGGAGAGCCAUCGCUGGAAAGAGACAAUGAAUGUUAAAUUAUUUAGGCCGAGUGCAUUAGUGGCCGAGUCCUGUCCUCCUGUCACAAGGACACAAGGACAGACCGGGGCCGCACUGGCAUAAUUUGUCAGCUGUCGGGCAAUUUUGUUAGACUGGUGCUAAUUAAAUAUGCCGACAUAUAGACAGUGCGAGCAAAUCGGCAAAGUAGUUGAGUGCCAUGCAAAUAGCCAAUCCAGACACAACUUGGCCAAUCGGAUCGGACGGAAAGCCAAUCCCCAGUCCCGGCCAAUGCAAACAAUGGCCCAGAAAACACAAAGAACUUUCCAAUCAGCCGGCUCACUUCAGACCACUCUUAAUCAGAGAAUGUCAACGGAUGCCCGGGCACUCAUCUGUGAAACCAGAUUCUUGUGGCUUCUUCGUUUGCGAUUAAUUCAGUUCUGGCAUUAAAUAUACACGUAUUCGUCUUAAUUCCAUUCUCAUUAGCCGUAUACUUCACUUUCCGUUGGCUUUUCUCAAAAUGUUCCCAACCUUCCGUUGACGGAAGAGAUAAAUCCUUUUAUGCCUUUCUUGCCUCGUAAGUCAGGCCAACUGAUAUUUAAAUUGGUAACCGAAACCCGGUCAUACAUCGCAUUCUCAUCUCCGGCCGGGAUAAUCUUUAUUGUUUCACAGUUCAGUGACACAAAUUUGCAAUUGCAAUUGAAUGAAUUCUCACAUUUCGGGUGCGGGUUUUCCAUUCACACACAGCGAUAAGAGUGGCGGGCAAAAAAUUGCUCGAAUAUAUUUAUAUUGAUGCAAAAAGCACAGUAAGGGGGCCGACAUAUAUAUAAAGCCCAAGCCGUGGCCUAUAAAAAGCAUUCAAAUAUAUCUGCUUUUGCGGCUCGCUCUCGAAAGCCAGAUGUGCAUUUAUUUUAAUCAAGGCUACCGAGGUCAAUGCAUUGUGUGAUAUUUAUUUAAGGCAUACGUCGAAAGUUUAUUAAAAUACAUUAUACAAAAGAGCAGCGCUAAUUAUGUAUUUAUUGUGAAAAAAUAUCAUCCCUCAAGCCGGGCAUAAAUAUUUGUGCACUUAAUUACAAAAUGCAUUGCGAAGAAUUAUGAACUCGCAUUUAUCGGUUCGCUGACUUUGGGCAUCAAUUCAUCCGUUAAAGUCGGCAAGUGAACUUUAUUUGGUUUUAAUUAUUUAUAUUUUUUAAAGCGAAAAUAUGGAGAAAGAAACGAGAGGACUGAUAAUGCGGAGAAUUUGUCCCAUUUUUUCAGACAUUAUUAUUUUAGCUUACAUGAGAGGGUUUUUGUAUAUAACCUUUGUGCUGAUUAAAACACACAGAGGGCUUACAAAUAUGUUACAAUCAAUUUAAAAUAAAUAUUAGUCUAUGGUGCUUGUUCAUGAGCUUAGCAGCGAUAAAUAUUUGAUUU